UUUCUCAACCAUCUUCCUAUAACCCUAAAAUAAUAGAAGCUCCAGUAAUUUCGCAAUUACUCGAUACACAAAAAAUGAUUGAUGAGACAUUAGCGAAACAAAAAUCUAAUUAUGAUGCUGAGAUAGAAAAAUUGAGAAAGGAA